GAAGGCCAGGCUCUCCGGAAACCUCCCCCCACCACGCCCCUCCUGGGUUUUCCUUUGUCCGCUGCGCACCCUUGCCCCGGGCUUCUCCAGUCCGCUCCUGGACACGCCCUGCCCCCGCCGCGGGUCCUCGCACUGUCCCCGUCCCCUCCGGCAGCGUCUCCGAUCCCCUACCCCCCGCCCGCGGUUUCCCGUGUCCCCUCCCUGCUCCGCCCCUGUUUUUAAACCUGGCGCCGAGCGCGGGCCGGGAGGACUGAGGUGCGGCGCAGACGCCGGAGCGCGCAGCUUGGCGGGCACCAUGAGACCCGAGACGGAGGCUGGAGCCCCGGAGGCGCGGGGGCGCGGCUGUCACUGCCCCGGGGACGGUUCCCAGGUGCGGCCGCCACCGCACGGGCAAGAGAGCCGCACGCCGUGGAGACCUUGGACGCUGACACCCAGAGGUGCCCAGCUGACCCCGACUGGGAGCCCGGGAAGGCUGGAGCCUGGGGGUGACCAACAAGCUCUGGGAUCCAAGGGAGCCUUCGGGUUUCAGCAUCCGGUCAGGCUCUAUCUACCCAUUUCCAAGCGCCAGGAGUACCUGCAGAGUUCCGGGGAAAAGGUGCUGGCCAGCUUCCCGGUGCAAGCCACCAUUCACUUCUACAACGACGAGUCAGACGGCUCUGAUUCUGAAAGUGACGGCCCAGAGGAAGAGACCCGGGCCCUGGUGGAUUCGUUUUCCUGAGAAAAUCGGAUGUCAGUUCACCAUCAAAGCCCAAACCUGGUGUGCAUCGCCAUGUUGCUGGUCCCCAGAACUUAGAGUGCUGUCCCUUGAGAAUGGGCCACUCUGGCUGUGGUCAGCAGUGGAAUCACAUGUGCUGUGGGUAGGACACUUGUGAACGCAGGGCCCCUGGGAUCUCACAGCUUGUCACGUGAAUGGAUUAAUAACAACAUGGGUGGGGCCCGGCACGUCAGCAGGGAGCUGGACCAGAAGCGGCACUUGACUGCAACACCUUCCUUCCAUGAGCUACUUGAAGAGCCCUCGUACACUAGAUUGACUCCCUGAGACUGCUGAUGUCUGACUGCUGGUUUUUCUUCUUUAAAAAGAUUUAUUUAACUAUUUGAAAGUCAGAGUUACAGAGAGAGAGGGAGAGACACAGAGAGAGAUUGUCCUUCUGUGGUUCAUUCCCCAAAUGGCCUCAAUGGCCAAGGCUGGGCCAGGGCAAAGCCAGGAGCUGGAGCCUGUAUGGGGUGUCGGCACCGCAGGCAGAGGCUUGGCCUGCUACACCACAGCACCGCCCUUUUUGAAGAUGAAGAGCACAUGACUGUAAACAUACCAUCAUGAUGGCUAAGGUGUACCUUACGUUUUGCCUGAUGUUCGGUGAUAAAAGAUGUUAAUGGGUCAAUUAUUUUUCUUGAUAAUUUCAAUGAUAUUUUGUGCAUUUCUUGUCAAAUUUUUACCUUGUGCAGCUGACGAUGAACCUGUACUGAAAGCUGAGGUGUCAGCCUUGCCAUUUUCUUGUGGUUUGAUUGUAUUUUCUGCAUUUUUAAAGAACAUGUAUGUUAUCUCUUUGACAGGCAGAGUUACAGAGAGAGAGGGAGAAACAGACAGAUCUGCCAUCUGCAAAUUCACUCCCCAGUUGGAAAUAAUAGCUGGCUAGGGCUGAGCCAGGUGAAAACCAAGAGCCUAGAACUGCAUCCUGCUCUCCCACGUUGGGAGAGGGGCCCACACACUUGGGCCAUUUGCGGCCGCUUUCCUAGGAACGUUAGCAGGGAGCUGGAUUGGAAGCAGAGCAGCCAGGACUCGAACUGGUACUCAUAGUAUGCUGGCAUUGCUUAACCCACCGUGCCACAGUGCAUGUCCCUUGGGCAUUCUUUUCUUUUUUUUUUUAAGAUUUUAUUUAUUUGAGAGGUAGAAUUAAAGAUGGAGAGAGGGAGAGACAGAGAGAAAGGUCUUUGCCAUGCUGAUCCAAAGCCAGGAGAUUUUCCUGGGUCUCCCCGGUGGGUGCAGGGGCCCAAGCACUUGGGCCAUCCUCCACGGCUUUCCCAGGUGAUAGGCAGACAGCUGGAUCAGAAGAGGAGCAGCCAAGACACAAAUUGGCACUCAUGUGGGAUGCUGGCACCGCAGGUGAAGGCUUAGCCUACUGGCCACAGUGUUGGCCCUUUGGGCAUUAUUUUCAAUUCAGUUUUUUUUUUUUUUUUUUGACAGAAAAUUUUGUAAUUGGGACUUAUUGACAUACUAUAAGAUCCAUCCAUUUAAAGUGUACAGUUCGGCCGGCACUAAGCUAAUCCUCUGCCUGCGGCGCUGGCACCCCAGGUUCUAGUCCCGGUUGGGGUGCCGGUUCUUCCCAGUUGCUCCUCUUCCAGUCCAGCUCUCUGCUAUGGCCCAGGAGUGCAGUGGAAGCCAUUGCCACUACCUAAUUGGACACUUUCGUUACUCCAGAAAGAAAUUUCCUAAACAUUAGCAUUUCCCCUGUCCCCAGCCAUUGUCAAUCACUGAUCUACUUUCUGUUUCUCUGGGCUUCCCUGCUGGGGACUUCUGUUGGGAGUUGGGGAGCAAGGAGGGGCUACUUUAUAUCCAUGCAAAUGAGGUAUUAUUCAGCAAUAAACAGAAGAAGCUCUGAACAUGCUAAGACAUCAAUUGCCCUUGAAAACGUUAUUCCAAGUGAAAGAAACUAAACAUAACAGUCUACAAUGUAUAAUUCCAUUUAUAAGAUAUAUUGAGAAAAAAGCAAAUUUAUUUAGUAACAGAAAACAAAACAGUGGUUGCUUAGCAUUGGGAGUGGAAACAAGACUACCUAACUCUAAGUGACCCCAAGACAUUCUGGGGGUGAUGGAAGUGUUUUAUAACUGGGUUAGAAUGAUUAGUGCAUAAUGCUAUAGAUUUACUGAAAUCUUUGCAGUGCUAAUGGGUGAAAAUAUAUAAAUGACACUGCAAAGAAGCUAUUUUUAAAAAGCUUAGGCUCCAGACUGCUGUUGUAGCGGAGAGGGAUGAGCUACCACCUGUAGCACCAGCAUCCCAUAUGGGCGCUGGUUUGAGUCCUGGUUGCUCCAUUUCUGACCCAGCUCCCUUCUAAUGUGCUUGGGAAAGCAGCAGAAGAUGACACAAGUGCUUGGGGCCCUGCACUCAUGUGGGAAAUCUGGAUGAAGCUCCUGGCUCCUGGAUUCGGCCUUGUGUAGUCCUGGCCGUUUUGGCCAUUUGGGGAAGAACCAAUGGAUGGAAGAUCUGUCUCUCCUUCUCUCUCUCUAUAACUCUGUCCUUCAAAUAAAUAAAAUAAAUCUUUUUUUAAAAAAAGCUUAAGUUCUUCUAUUGAAAUAAUAUUUAGGGUCGGGCGCCAUGGCGCAAUAGGUUAAUCCUCUGCCUGCAGCACUGGCAUCCCUUAUGGGUGCCGGGUUCUAGUCCCGGUUGCUCUCUUCCAGUCCAGCUCUCUGCUGUGGCCCGGGAGGGCAGUGGAGGAUGGCCCAAGUCCUUGGGCCCUGCACCCGCAUGGGAGACCAGGAGGAAGCACCUGGCUCCUGGCUUCGGAUUGGUGCAGCUCCGGCCGUAGCAGCCAUUAUCUAUACCUUUUUCUUUAGCCACUGAACCAUUACAAGAAUAAUACAAUAUUUUAGCCAAAAUUUAAAUUUUUGCAAGUAACCCAAAAGAAAGCAUUCUGGAGAAGUCCUGUUUCUCCCCAACAUUUCCUGGUUUUUCCCUCCCUGGGUUUAUUCAUCAAGGCCCUGUCUUCUGAAGACUGUGGUGACCUCUGAGCCAUCCAUCACACGGAAGUGGAGAGGUCCCAGGUGUGUGUGCGCAGCAUAAUGAGUUCAAUUCCAAAGCACAGCACGAAGGGCAGUCCAACUGCCCAGCUCAUCAAGAGGCUAGAUAUUUCCAUAUCGGGUUCAAAGUGACUAUCUUAAGCUACUUUAAACUCCAAAAUUAGGUGGUUAACCAGUGUGGUAGAGCCAAUACCCAAAUUUAAAUUAGGUAUGAGACAUAGAGCUUUAGACACCAGUAGUACCACACAACAGUGCUCACCACUGUCGUAAUUUAGACUCUUUCUAGCUACAAUAAGCAGCACAGCUGGAAAUUCGGUAGCAUGUAACCGAUAUGUUGUCCCUAGCAAUAGUUACAAUUACCAGAAUAAGUCGUUAAACUUAAAAAUAAAUUUUAAAAAUAUAUUUCUCAU